AUGCGGCUCUUUACCAGAUGUUCCCAAUUGAACUGUCAACGCCAUGGAAUGUUUAUGGCAUCUGUUUCCGCGAGGUUGGACGUGCACGGAUCCACCGGACCUUGAUAAUGGUUAUGCCUAUGUAGAGCACGAUAAUCUCCUACGGGCGGUACGGCAGAAAAACCAAGUCCUCGCGCAGAAGCUCUCGGAGUCGAACAAACAACACCUAGCAGAUUCAGAAAAGAUCCACCGCCUGAACCAGCUCUUCCAUCAAGCGCGCGACGACGCUUCUACACGCGAGAGGAGCCACCGCAGAGAAUUGGGCGACCUAUACCACAGACUAAACUCGAUCCAAAUGACGCAGGACAGGGUAUCCGAUGACCAGAUCCUCGAGCAAAUGCACCGCCUGCACCAGAAAUUGGACAACUGGAUCAAAACCUGCUUCAAGGACCAAGACAAGUUGGCUGCUGCACUCGAGCCCACGGCUGAUGGCUUUCCGCGAACCAGACCGCAACGCCAUGCAUGGGUUCAGUCCUGCAUUUCUGGCUGGAUCCAUCAGUCCGUCUUUGCGCCGUAUCUGCCUGGCCUCCCUGGAGACCACUUUGAUUGGUUUUGUGGGAAUGUCGAGGUUGGUGUUCAGGAAAGCUGCCCCGAAGCGACACUUCAGACAUGGAGAGUCGCAACAAGCUCUGCCAUUGAAUAUCUCGGAGAGAAUAACCGCAACGAGACGAUUGACAAUAUCCUGGCGGUGGUUGAAUGCCAUUUCGGUAGUGCUUCGUCUCUGGAACCGGAAUCACGAAACCAACGACUGCGUGAGAUACUGGAAAGGUGCGCGGUCUUCAAGUACACCCUGAGUCGGCAACCGGAUAGAUUUUCCUUUGAUUGGUGUCAGGCAGGUGAUUUGUUUGCUGCGGACUCAAUGACGGCCGUGAGUGGUGACGGGGAAGAGGUGAGGCUGUGCCUCUGGCCGGGUCUUCUGAAGCGGACGAUUAGUGGGGAUGAAGAGAUUCUAGAGCGUCAGUUGGUGUGGACUAUGAAGGAACCUGAAUACUAAUUGUAUUUGGUGAAUUAUGUAAGCUCGACGCUUUCUCUCUCUUGUCAAUAAUUUUGUGCGACUUUACAAAACACUACUGACUUGGACAUCCGAUUUGAGCUGAUGAAGGGUAG